CGUUCCCCCCCUCUCUGUCUACAGUCUCAAAGUCCCGCCGACCUCCCCCUACUACUCCUCCGGCUGCGGCGGCGACUCUCUCCUUCCCUCCAUCGCAGCCACCCCCGCGCAGCCGAGAGCGCGGAGCGCGUACGCCAACCGCUAUUAGAUCAUUGUUUGUCAAUGUAUACGAUCGCGGCCGAGCGCGAGUGUGCAUACACGCGAUGGAUUGUUGCUCCUGUACGUCGCACGAACGAGUGAGACCAAUUUAUGGAUGAUUGUGCGCGAGACAAUUGUUUUUCUCCGCGACAGUGUCAGUUUUCCUGUGGACUGUGACGCCUAUGAAGUAAAUUAUCAUGAUUGAAUACAGUGAAUUUUGUUGAAAAAAGAAAAUAUAUAUACAUAAAACAACAACUGAGAGUGUGUUGUCUUUGAUAUGUGACCUCUGCCUGUUAGAUUUCAAAGCCCGAUUGAUUCGCAGGUGUGCAUAAAUUGCGCGCGAGUGUCGAAACGUUGCGAGAUUACGCAAACAGAUGAAAAGUGCAAUGUGGAAAAAAGAGAUGACGAUAGCGAGGUAGUGAACGCUUUGCCGGUGUGACUCUCUAUUGUGCAAUCAGCUGGUGUUUGUUGUUUGUUAUUGUUGUUGUUGGUUUUUUUACUAAAAAGAAAAAAUAAAAACAAACGAAAAGAAAAAAAAAAGAAAAAAGAAAAAAGAAAACCUUGGUUACGGCGAAGAAAGAAAAUUCAAGUAGUGCGAAGAAUACACGAAGAAUUUAAAGGCCGACGAAAGUGCCGAGAAUAUAAGGCUCGCAGGACGCAGAUGACCCGCAGGAAACAGCACGCACCGCAACGUAUGAAAUGUAAGUAGUGGUGUCCGCUAGAAAAAAUAAAAGAAGGGCGCACGACACGUACGCGAUCUCACCUACGGCUUCUCUCGAAAUCUGCGGCUGUGUGGGGCGGGUGUGGUGCGGUGGGCCCACCCCGGCACCGCCUGCGCCGCCGGUGCGCGUCGCCGGACGGCAGAUAUGCGCAGCAAGCAGCAGCCCAGGCCUUCCUUCCGUUGGCCGCAGCAGCGCGGCGAUAACAUUCCCGGGGAGGACGGUGUCGAAAGCUCAGGCCCCGGCACAGACCUCCAAGGUGAGGAAGGUGAUUGCGCGGACGAGGAUGGUCCGAUUAGUCCCGGCGAAAGGGGCAGCGCCGGUGGGCCCACUGGUGCCGACGACGGCGAGGCUAGCGACGAGGACGACGACGACGAUCAACCCACACAACCAAACGAUCCGGCCGCCAGGCUUAAUCCCGCUGCACUCAGGGAUACUGGGCCCCCGGACAGGGAGCCAAUGAGUCCGCGGUGUCCAUCGAGAGACUCGCGGGAAUCAUCCGGUCCAGCAACCGGUAGUCCCCCACCGCCGGCAACCCGGAGUAGUUCAAGCCCCAUAAGCCCUCCAGGCAGCAUCGUGCCGCUACCUUUAGGCGUGCAUCCGCUCUUACCUCCCCAGUCCGCAGCCAUGAUGGCAGCCUACCUCCAGCAGACGCAUCAGCGUCUCUUGCUCGGACAUUCACCAUUAUCGCGAAGCUCUGUAUCGCCAUUGGUUUCAUCCUCGUGUUCGCCACCCGCAGCCACUCCAGGUUUGCACGUAUCGCCUCAAAGCGGGGGUGACGUGUCUCCUAGCGCGACUCCUUUACCUACCGUGCUAGACUUUAGCACCCGAAAGGCAUCGUCGACGGAAGAGGAUGAAGAAGAGCAAAUUUUGAAUCUCAGCAAGCCACCCACACCAUCCUCAUCGACGGAAACGAACAACGGUCCACUCGACCUUUCGGUGUCGAGUCGAAAGCGGCCUGUCCCCGAGGAUUCACCACCUCCGCCACCGCGCAAGUCGUCGCGACAAGCCGCGGUACAUCCAGAAGCAUCGCCGUACGCGAGGAACGUUGUCUCGCCGUGGACAUCGCCGGUCGUGGCGUCGCAUUUCCCGUACUUUGCCGCGGCCGUCGCGGCGGCAGCAACUAGUCAGCAGCAACUAUCACCGAAAAGUGGUGCCGGUGUCGUCGAUCACCAGCUGUGGAAUGGUAAAAUAAAGCCACCUGCUCUGGACAAGUCCUUCCAGCCUAGCGAAGCCACGAAAGCUCUCGAGAAGAUGAGCGAGCUCAGCAAACUUGGCGGCGAAGAUUUAUUUAGAGCGGGUGCAGCUGGUGGUGGAAGUGCGGGCGGUGGAUCGGUUACGUCUGGUAGCCGGCACAGUGCUUGGCAGUCCCACUGGCUCAACAAGGGUGCUGAUCAGGCGAAGGAUGUACUGAAGUGCGUUUGGUGCAAACAGAGUUUCCCAACUUUGGCCGCGAUGACGACGCACAUGAAAGAAGCUAAACAUUGUGGUGUCAACAUGCCAGUACCACCCGCAGGUGGAUUGCAUACGCCAACACCACAUCAGCCCUCCAUCCCUCCGACUCCACCUCAGCCGCCGCAAUCGUCGUCGAGUGUAGGCGGCGGUAACAAUAAUUCGACAAACAACAAGCAGAGUCCCUCAGAACUCAAUCUCUUGAUAAAGGAGACGAUGCCUUUGCCGAGAAAGCUCGUACGAGGUCAGGACGUCUGGCUGGGAAAGGGCGCAGAACAGACAAGGCAAAUUCUGAAGUGUAUGUGGUGUGGCCAGAGUUUUCGAUCCCUCGCGGAGAUGACAUCGCACAUGCAACAAACUCAGCACUACACCAACAUCAUUUCGCAAGAGCAGAUAAUCUCUUGGAAAUCCUCGGACGAGAGCAAAGGCGGAAGCAGUGGUGGAUCUGGCGGAAACACGGGAAGUAGUGGAGGAAGUGGCGGCGGCGGUGGUGGUGGUGGCGGCGGCGGUGGCGGCGGUGGUGGUGCUACACCGGGCAGUGGUUCCGGACCUCACGGACCAAGUGCAGGCCCCGGAGCUGGUGCAACCAGCAGUCAUGUGAGUGCUGUUCUUACUUGCAAAGUCUGUGAUCAGGCCUUCAGUUCGUUAAAAGAGCUCAGCAAUCACAUGGUGAAGAAUAGCCACUACAAGGAACACAUCAUGAGGUCAAUCACUGAAAGUGGUGGGCGUAGAAGACAAACGCGAGAGAAAAGGAAAAAAUCGCUGCCGGUGAGAAAACUUUUGGAACUUGAGCGAGCACAAAAUGAAUUCAAAAAUGGCGAUGCUGGAGCUGCUGCGUUAGCAUUGGGCAAGCACGCUGGAAGGAUUACUUGUGAAAAAUGUGGUGAUAAAAUUGAGACGACAAUCUUUGUGGAACAUAUACGUCAAUGCAUUGGUGCGGGAGCCCUUGGAGUGAACCAGCGGAACUUUCUAAAAAACGCUUUAAUGUCAAAUCAUUUACCGCCCACAUUACCUCCUGGAGAAUCCGGCCGCAAGAGCGUCAACGAGGAGACUUCGUCCAUUUCAUCGAGACAUCAUCGUUCACCAUCAUCAGCCAGUGAUGCAACGACACCCGGCAAAGAGACUCCAACACCUACGCUUAAUGAAUCAAGUGGUGGAACCUCGUCCCCAUCUGUACUUAAUGCUAUCGAAAAGCUUAUCGAGAAAAGCUUCGACUCGCGGAUCCGACACGGUGGAGUAGGAAUGCAUCACGCUCAACCUGGAGCACCGAUUGGUUCAAGUAUUCUUAAAAGACUUGGUAUCGAUGAAAGUGUAGAUUAUACAAAACCACUAGUCGAUCCUCAAACCAUGAACCUCCUGCGAUCAUAUCAGCAGCAACAUUUUAAUGCGUCACGUCGAGAAAGAAGUGGAAGUGAAUCGAGUUCUGUAUCAGAACGAGGUAGCGGAAGAACUGAUACCAUGACGCCAGAAAGAAGGAUAGACCUAUCCACUGCUCACGACAGACUAUCAACAUCUUCAACACUUUCGCAUCAUCCGCGAUCGACGCCCGAUAAGCAAGGUCGCCACCCUACAAACGAGGAGUCCGAAGAGGAAGAAUCAAUCGUGGUUAAAAAGGAACCAAGGGACGAAGAUGUCGAAACGUCUGCUAGUAAUGAGAAUGAUCAUCCUGAGAGGGACGUCGUGGUGAAAAAAGAAGUUGACGAUACCAGAGAAGAAGAUGAAUCAGAAACGUUUAAUCGCAGACGAAGCAGUAGUAGAGUUCGAGAAACGUCAGAGGAACGAAAAGACGUAAUGUCACCUCAAAUGAAUCCUCCAACACCAAGGCCUUUGAGUCAAGUCGAACAACUGGCCCGUAGUCCUUGUCGUAACAGUACCAGCAGUCCAACGAGCAGCGACAGGUCUAUCACCCCACGAGGUACUCCAGAUAACAAAGCGUCCAGUAGUCUUGGUGCUUUAUCCUCGAUGUUUGACAGUCUUUCGGGAGGCGGAAAUACGACCAGCAACAAUGCCACUGACGGCCAGGGACGGAAAACCAGCAGUCACCCACUAGCUGCUUUGCAAAAGCUUUGCGAUAAAACGGAAACGCGAGGAUCCUCCGGAGGAGGUAGCAGUAGAUCAGGUUCCGCUUCCAGUGCAAAUCUUGGCCCGGGUGGUGGUCCAGUUGCCGGUGCAGCGGGAGCAACAGGUCCAACACCAGGAGCUAUUCUUGCCUUUAGUUGGGCAUGUAACGAUGCAAUUGUCACCGCCGACUCCAUCAUGAAGUGCGCGUUCUGCGAUACGCCCUUCAUCUCAAAAGGUGCUUAUAGGCAUCAUUUAUCUAAGAUGCAUUUUGUCAAAGACGGCGUGAUCCCUGAUCCAUUGACUAUCGGCCGAUCGGGUGGUGCGUCGGUGAGCGGCCAGGCAGCAUCCAGUGGAGCGAGUCGCAGCUCGACGUCACCGCCGUCGUCGCAACGCAACAAGUCGCCACCCAUUCCCCAAGCGAACGGUAGCCCUUCGCAGCCGACAAGCUCGCCUCUUGAAGAGAGUCCCCAUUCGAAAUUUCUCAAGUAUACGGAGCUGGCCAAGCAGUUGUCUAGCAAAUACGUAUAGUCCGAGUCCCGUAAGUAGCGGUGCCACUUGUACAUAAGUGUAUCUAUAUUGUAACGACAGACAAACAGACAGAAUAGUGCUCGAAGAGCGUGAUUUUUUCUAUUUAGAGGGCUUCAGUCCGCGUAUACAUCGUGCCAACGGUUAUGGUUACAUGAUGAUGGGAUCCAAGUUGACAAAGUCGAAAGGGCUGAUCAUCGUACUUUUUCGUUUUAUUAACAAUAAAGAAUAAAAAAAAGCACCGUACUCAUUUCGUGGAAAUUCUCGUACUCGUUGUAUAAGGCCCUUUCGAUGAUUCGAAAUGUUCGUAGUUCGAUUUAAACAUAGCUGAGUAUUUCUGGCAAUUCAAUCAGAUACCAUUAUUACGGAUCAUGAACCGUCAUUCGCGUCUUGUCAUUCCUGGGUCAAUUUACUGAGUAGCCUUUGUCUUCCGUCUUUCAUUUUUUAAUGCAAACGGCGACAACUUCUUCUUUACUAUAGAUGCAAAUAUUAUUGUGGGCAGAAGAUCCAAAAAUAUUUCUCACUCGUUUCGAAACUACAGAUUUACUAAAAAAAGCAAGCAAUUAUAGUUAACGCACUAAAGUAAAGUUAUUAGAGAUCUAUGUAGAAACAAAAAAAUAUUUGAGAAUCAAAAAUGAAUCCGCGUCGCGAAUAGAAUCAAAAUACAACAUGAAGGGAAGGCACAAGAGGCGACACCGGCGUAAUGACGAUCGCCGAGGGCGCAAAUAGAUAGUAGAGACGAGAUUGACUUUUCAUUGUGAUGCCACCAUAUCUCGCAGCACCGCUGAGUCGCUUAACACGGGACUCGGCGCGCGGCCAAGUAUGUGAUUUUAUAAUAUGAAAUACAAAUACUUAAGAUGAAAAUUUUUUGCGUUUUGCUAACGAGAGUCCGCAGGUGAUUUAAAAAAUAUAGAUACUUAAGAUGCAACUAAUUGAUAUACGUCAAAAGUGCCGACUGAUCUCGGUGAUUCGCGAAAUCGACUGGCGCAUCGUUUUAAAAAUGAGAUAACAUAGUUGUCUUAUCUAAAUAGCCUACGAAGAGACAUAAUAAAAAUUUAUCUUCGUUAUCAAAGAGACUUCGAUUAUGCUAAAAGAAACGGAAAAACAUUAAAAAAAAAAACACAAAAAGAGAUUCUCGUAAUAAAGUAUUCAGUAAAUAACGCACUAAAAAGAUUAUCGAAAGCUUCGAUUUCGUUAACCGCCGAGAUCGCGGCAUUUGAUCACCUGCACUCACCGUCGCAUUCGUAAGCAUGUAUACCUUUAGCAAUUAAGUCCAUAGCUGAUUAGUUAAAAAGUCUAGAGUAGAGCCCGCCAUUGUAUAGGAAUCUCUUUGUUGAUAAUUGUAAUCCGUCGCGGGACUGGUCACCCGCGACGGCCAAGUAUUUUCCUCCUCAACGCGGCCGAUGUGUUUUAGCAUAUUCAAAACAAAGAAAAUAAAAAUGAGAAAAAAAAAACUACAUACACACAAAACGAGAGUGAGACUGCGCGGCGAGGAGCGAAAACUUGUAUUGCGCUUACACGACACAUGCGGUGCAAUAUCGAAUUUCCUUGUGAAACGCGUGCGAAAUUUUCACGCGAGCCAGUAUUAAAGGCAAACUGAUAAGCUAUAAUAGGAAAUAUAGAGAAAAGACAGGAAAAAGAAAAAGUGUCGUGUCGUGAAAGAUAAGACCAUUGUAAAUUUUCUUUGUUUUUACAAAUAAUAUUUAUUAUCGCGCAUCCCCGAGUGAGCAACACUGAACGCGUCGCAUUUCAACGUGUAAAAUACUAAUCAUUGAUUAUCAUUCGAAUUAUCGCGAUAUAUAUUGUGUAUAUUAUUGAUUGACUACAUUGAAGUAUAUAAUUAAUAAGAGAAAUAAGAAACAGCGAGGAUCUGUGCGAGAAAGAGAGAUACAGUGAUAAAAUCUCUGUGCGAGAGUGCGAGCGAGAAAAUGUGAAACACAAAAAAUAAACACAGUAGCGUACGAGGUGAUAAAGGAGGAAAGAAAGUGAUAUAGCAGCUCGUGUGAACGGUCGGUAGUUGAUAGACGAAAAAAAGGCUCAAUUGGAUUUAAAUUUAACGUAUGGCAUACUUAUGCGAAGCGAUCGCCAAAAAAAAAGUAAGCGAGUUAAACUGAAGAGGAUUGAUAAAAAAACUCACACACUUGUAUACGUAUUUCUUGUAAACUCUAAUUCUUCCAUCGCGGACUUUAAAAAGUAUUUAUCGAUAUAAUAAUAAUAAUUAAUAUUAUUAUUGUAAUUAUAUACGACUGCUGAGUGCAUGUAUGAGGAUGAACAUUUUAAAAAAGAAGCAUCAAACACGCGCCCACGCGCGUGCGAGACUGAAAGAGUGCGAAAGAGCGAAUGAACGAGUGUACGCGUUAUUACAUACGAUGAAACGAGGACAAGUUGCGUUUAGACAUAUUAAAAAAAAAACACAGACACCACCACGCGCGUGUGCGCGCAAAUUUCACACACGCUCUUACACAACAGAACAUUAUGGAUACAUACAAAAAAAAAUGAAAACGUGAAGGUAUAACGAAAGCAAAAAAUACGAUGCGAAAACUGUACACGAGCGUACCUAUACACAUUGAACCACAAAGAUAUGCAUCAUGUAUACGCGACUCUUGAAAAACCAUUUUACCAGAUUUGUCAUUAUUUAAUUAUUUCGGUUGUAUUUUAAAAUGCAAUUA